GGGAAGCUUUUGGUGUCUCGCCCCAACUACUUCCUAUAGUUCUCUUUAGCUGGUGGUUGAGGCAAUCAGAAGUCCUUUAGCUGGAUGGGAACUAGCGUAAUUCGUCUCAGUGUUAAACGGUUUUCAAAGGCUCCUGUUACUGUGAUGAUCACGUACAAUACACAUCACUGCAUUUGUCCGUAAAGGAGAAACAUAAGAAUAUCUGACAAAUUCAGUUGCUGAACAACACAAUGUCUGAGAAGACCGAGAACCAAACCUCAGACCUUCCUGUUGCAUACAAAGGGCGUCUAGAGGAAAACCCAGGCACUGGGCUAUUAAAUGUGAAGAAAGAGGAUGAGACAGAUGACAUGAAUAGUCAUCGGACUGAAAUACAUUGGACUCUCCCUGCUGAUGAAGAUAAGGCUGAUAUAGUGAAAGCUGAGAUAACAGAAGAUCUGUGUGUAAGACAACAGCUGGAAGCACCAGGGCGCAUGAAUGUGACACCACCAGAUGGCUCAGCGGUUGAGCACGGAGGAGAACCGUCUGUGUGUGAUCAGCUGAAGACCGAGGAGGAUGACGUUCCAAUAAAUGCGACUGGAGAGUCUGGGGAGGAGGCAGCACAGCAACUACCGGCUCCUCCUUUUCCCCGGGAUGAGAGUGGUGGGGAUGAAUCUCCACCUCGGAGGGAAGAGGCCCCCCUUGACGAAGAGGCCGCGGAAGCAGAGGAAGAGGCCCCUCAAGCACCAGCAGGCCGCCGUGCACCAGCAGGCCGCCGUGCAAGGGCACCCCGCCGUGCACAGCAAGAGGAAAUAGCGGAGGUGCGGGUUCUACUAGACUACAUUGACCAGAUGCGUAACUCCCGGAUCCAAAAUAUAGAAGGCAGAAAUAGAAUUAUUGAAGGCCAAAACCAAAUCAUUGAAGGCCAAACCCAAAUCAUACACCUCCUUACUCGAAUAGAAGAAGGCCAAAACAGAACCUUUCGACUCCAACAAGAGAUGUUUAAUUUCUUCCGGGAGGCGCAUGCUGGUCUGCCUCUUGCUGGUCUGCCUCCUGCUCCUGGGCCGCCAUCUGCUGGGCCUCCUGCUCCUGGGCCGCCAUCUGCUGGGCCUCCUGCUCCUGGGCCGCCAUCUGCUGGGCUUGAUCACGUAAGAACGCCAUCCAAUAAAAGGCGCAUCCUUGAUCGCGUAUAAACGUCAGUCAAUACAAGGAAUCAUUGGACAGCCUGGCAGGUGACGUCUUAAGCAACAUGGCGCAUCCGAGAUCGCUGAAAAACCGCAGCCAAUACAAGGACUCAGUUGAUAGCUUGGCAUAUCAAUAAGAAACGUAUUUAUAUUUUAGUAACUAGUAUGUGUCUAUAUUGCUAUCUAGGAAUGUCACGAUAGAUAACGAAAUACUGUGAUCUAUAAAAUAUAAUACAUUAUCGAAAAUAAGGAGAUAUUUAAUUAGAAGCAGAGGAUUUAUAACUAAACUAUUUAGCAAGCAGCAUGUUUUAAGUACAAAUUAAAUCAAUAUUGGUUACACGAUUAUGUACGACAUUGCAAUUUGAAAUAUAUUGUUACAAUAAAUGUAAAUAUUUGGA